AUGUCUCUGCUCUUUCCAGUCGUACUCCUUGUUUUAUGGACAGCUAACUGUAUUAAUAUCGGAAUUUUUGAUGCAGGUUCAACUGGCACAAGAUUAAAGAUUUAUCAAUUUGAUGGAAAUACACUUACCUCACAGCUAACAUUCAAGCACCACGAACUAAAUAAAAAUAUACCAAAGAAAGGUAUUCACGAGCAGAGUAAUAGUGAAAUAGAAUCGACAAUCGAUGAGCUAGUUCGCAAAGCCAUCGAAAUACAGCCAGACAUGCUCUUAGCAUUCUAUGGAACUGCAGGGAUGAGAUCUGUGCCUGCAAAUAUCCAGAAUAGCAUCCUUGAUAGGGUUAGAGACUGUUUAAAGAAGUAUAAUCUUUUCGAUGUAAAGGUAUUGGAAGGGAAUGAAGAAGCCCUGUAUUCACUCAAGUCCUUUGAGCAUUAUUUACCCUGGGAAGAUGACUUUAGUAUUGUGGACAUGGGUGGAAGAUCGGUACAGAUAAUUCAUAAGAGAGGAUCGUUGAUAAGGGUAAAUUCAUUGGAAAUGGGCAUUAUAAAUAGUACUUGUAAGCAACAGAACAAUAAAGUGAAGAGUAUAAUCGACGGUCUGUUAAAAGGUAGAUCCGAUAAUUUAUUGACUGAAGUAGAGAGCAGUAAUCAACAUUCAGGUAAAAGACUAAAUAGCGAGAUCCUCAUUAAAGGAACGGACUGUAGAGAAAUCAAAGAAAAGGGCAUAAAAGUGUAUGAGUGUGAAGAAAAGUCUAUUUUUAAUAGCUUUAUUGACAGAAAGAAUGCAAAAGUUAAGUCUAACGAGAGUACAGCCAAUAAAAUUGAUAACUUUCACCAUUUCAGAAUUAUAACCAAGUUUAAUAAUAAAGACCAGAUUAACAACAAAUCAUUUCUUGCAAGCUCAGAUUUGACCAAAAGCCAAGACAACUCAAAUAUAGAGUGCAUUGACAGUUUCUUUGACAUGAGCCAUUUGGAAAAGCAAAGUCCAACAAAAAAGGUGUUUUUGCUGUCCUUUUAUGAAGAAAUAUUAACAUCGACCAAAAAUAUCACACUCAAAAGGCUGUUUGAAAAUUACAACAGUUUUUGUUCAAAAAACUCUGAUGAAAAAUGCACAAAACUGUACUACUCACUUAAAUUUUUGGAAAAGCUAGGAAUAAAUGAGAGUGUUGAGUUAAUAUUGGUUAAUAAACUGUAUAAUAUUGACAUUUCAUGGUCACUCGGAAUAGCCCUUGAAAUUAAACGGAUGAAUGAAGAUGCAUUGAGCAACAAUGGAGUAGAUAGACUAAAAUUAAAUACAUAA